AGGCUGUCAUGGCGACUCCCAAUAAUGUUACUCCCACCAACUGCAGCUGGUGGCCCAUCUCGGCGCUGGAGAACGACGCGGGGAAAUCCACGGAAGGGGAGGAAAACCAGGACCCGACGGACCCCGCUCUCAAAUCCCAGGACAGGCUGGUUUUGUACCACUGGACCCAGUCCUUCAGCUCGCAAAAGGUGCGGUUGGUCAUUGCAGAGAAGGGGCUGCCCUGCGAGGAGCGGGAUGUCAGCAUGCCCCUGAUGGAGCACAAGGAGCCCUGGUUCAUGCGGCUCAACCUGGGGGAGGAGGUGCCUGUCAUCAUCCACAGGGACAACAUCAUCAGCGAUUACAACCAGAUCAUUGACUACAUGGAGAAGAACUUCACAGGAGAAAACGUCAUGCAGCUGAUCCCAGAGCCAGGCAGCCUCCUGCACUCGCGGGUGCUGCAGUACCGGGAGCUGCUGGACUCGCUCCCCAUGGAUGCCUACACACACGGCUGCAUCCUGCACCCCGAGCUCACCACCGACUCCAUGAUCCCAAAGUACGCCACCACUGAGAUCCGCAGACAUUUAGCUAAUGCCAGUACAGAGCUGAUGAAGCUGGACCAUGAAGAGGAGCCACAGCUGUCAGAGCCCUACCUCUCCAAGCAGAAGAAGCUCAUGGCCAAGAUCCUGGAGCAUGACAAUGUGAACUACUUGAAGAAGAUCCUUGGUGAACUGGGGAUGGUGCUAGACCAGAUCGAGGCAGAGCUGGAGAAGAGGAAACUGGAAUAUCAAGGGCAGAAGUGUGAACUUUGGCUCUGCGGAUGUGUCUUUACUUUGGCCGAUGUCUUGUUAGGAGCCACCCUUCAUCGCCUCAAAUUCCUGGGACUCUCUAAGAAAUACUGGGAGGAUGGCAGCAGACCUAACCUACAGUCCUUCUUCGACAGGAUACAGAAACGCUUCGCCUUCAGGAAAGUUUUGGGAGAUAUCCACACCACGCUCCUCUCUGCAGUGGUACCCAAUGCCUUCAGGCUGGUCAAGCGGAAACCUCCCUCCUUCUUCGGAGCCUCCUUCCUGAUGGGAUCUCUAGGGGGAAUGGGAUAUUUUGCUUAUUGGUACUUAAAGAAAAAAUACAUCUAGUGCUGGCUGCUUGGUGUUUAGUUUGGUGUCUCUGUGCUGUGUCAAAUUAUGAUGAAGCCUCAGUAACUGUAAUGAAAUUUGAAGCAAGGUAAUGAAUAAUUAUGUUGUUUAAUGUAACAUUCCAUAGUCUAGAAGUAGAAACGUAUACUGCAAGGAAAUAAGACAACAACAACAACAAAACAAUGUGUCAACUUGUAAAUGCCUUUUUUAGGUUUAAGUAUUCAACUCCAGCAGAGGCUCAGGCGUUCACGGGCUCAGCCGUGUCCACCGGGAAGCAACGCCACCUCCAGCGCCAGCCGGCUCCAAUGGGAGAGACGGGAAUCCCGGGAAGUUUCCCAACAGCCAACUUAAUCAAUGGGACUUGGAAACUCGGCCCUGUACGUUUGUGUUCCCAAAUUGUUCACUGGCCACAUUUCACACACGCAGGUAGCGGUGACUCUGUUGUAGAAGAUGUCGUGUUGUGCUCGGAGGAGCCCCUGGGAGCAGGCAGCAGUAGCUGGUCACAGUCCAGGUGGAUUUGUGUUCUUCAAGUCUCCAUUUUCUUAAUUCUUCUCAUCAAAAGGAAUAUUUUUUAUUGAGCUGCUCUUAGAAUGUCCCCACUUUGUACGUCUGGGUUUUGUGCACUUUUUUUGAAGGAAUUUAAUGUCCGUCUUUAACUGCCGCACCUUUUUCCUGAGAUAACUCAUUUUGACUCCAUCCUGAAUGUCGGCACACAAAGGAGAUUGUUGUUUUAAGCCUUCUGGCUCCGUCUCUUGAGUUUUCCUUUACGGAUUUGCAAAGCAUCUUUCACCGACUGAGCCUAUCUGGACUCUGAAAAAGUACCACCACUUUCAGAACUCCUCAGCGCUUUCCUGAAGGCACUUUGGCUUUCUCUUCCAUCGGGGGCUUUUUCCUGUCCUUUCUUCGCUGUGUGUUUUCUUAGGGACACUUUGCACAGAAUCACAUCAAUGACUUUCUUGUGCCUUUUGCAUGCUGGAAAGAAUAAAGGGCCUCACUGCUACUCAUGCUUUGAAACCUGAGAUCCUCAAUAAACCAUAUGGGAGGAGUAA